CACGGAGGACAUCACCAUAACAAAAACAAGCACAACAAGAAUAAGACCAAGCGUCCGAAGACGACUCCCCCUUGUAAAACGACCAAGCCAGCUACAACUACUACAGGCCCUAUAACGACCACCGCUGUACCUACAACGACGACUGGUGCACCAACGACGACUGCUGUACCAACUACAACUGCUGCACCAACGACGACUGCUGCACCAACGACAACUGCUGCACCAACGACGACUGCAGCACCAACGACGACUGCAGCACCAACGACGAUUGAAGCACCAACGACGACUGCUGCACCAACGACGACUGCAGCACCAACGACGACUGAAGCACCAACGACGACUGCUGCACCAACGACGACUGAAGCACCAACGACGACUGCUGCACCUACCACUACUGCGGAACCUGCAACUACAAUUGUUGAUUCUACUGCUCAAGGGUAGAGCAGCAGGGAUGUCGUCUCCCAAGUAAUGAUCUUGCUGUUCCGAAUGAUAAAAAACAACAGAACAUUUUAUGCAUUAAAUAAAAUAAACCUUUGAAUUCAUAA